AUGGCCGCAGUAAAACUCCCCGUAAAAGUUCGCAUGGGCGUACGCGAUCUCUGGGAACCGUCCAGCAGCCCAAUGAACCAGGCCAUAAGCGCAAUAUCGGCCAACAUCGGCAAGCAGAUCGACAUUCUCGUUGAUUGGGGUAUGCUUUGGACCGUCUUCAGUCAUCAACAUCCGGAUCCAGGGACCUUCGUUCCGUACUUCGAGGAAGCGGUGAAACAUUGGGCGUCAUGCCUUCAAGAACGCCUUGACAACGAUGCUCUUGAGAGUUGGACGGACGAGCUCUUGGAGAAGGUCAAGGCGGCUGGUGGAAGCGGUAUAAAAUUAGAAAUUGGAGUCAGCGAUGAUAUAUACGGAUCUGGCAGGCCGGAAACACUCUGGGACGACAGCUUGGAGCGGCUCAAGAUCUUGUUCCCAAAGAAAGGGGAAAAGGUGUAUGAGAAUGUCCUACAAGCAGGGUUCUCCGGCGAUUUCGAACACUUGUUUAAUGAGAAGGCUGCACCAGCAGCAAAGACUGGCGUCUCAACUCUGCCUAUUGGAGGAGGAGCUGGGCCAGCGGCAACUGGUACUCCAGGAGAUGACGAGGGCUGGUCCGUUGUGCCGCCUACCGCAUUAGCUGCAGCUCCAAUAUCUGCCCCUCCCCCAACGACAGCGACCCAAUCGCAACCUACUUUUGCUCCAGACAGGCUCCCCUCACUCCAAUCCUUAGGACGUCCAGAAGCCCUGUUCGAAACAUCGACCCCCUACUUGAUCUACGUCCGGAAAUACGGCGACAAGGAGCUCCACAUCGAAGGCUCACACCAAGGUAGUCUUACCUUGCUCUGCGAGUACUUCCAGAAAUGGGCUAGGAAGGAUAGAAACUACAACGGCAACGUUGUCGAGUUUGAAAAACAAACCUCACUCUUCGGCGUGAACUCAGGUUUUGACUACGUAAAGAUUACUUGUAACAGAUGGGAGCUGCUUAACCCCACCCCUUUCUUAGCUUUCAUUGAGAUCGUGCUCAAGUAUAGGCUUGUGGAAGCAUCAUCCGGUGUAACAUGGUUUUAUCGAAGGGAUCACCAGAUUCUCUAA